UUUAAGAUAGGGUCACGUUUACGUUUAUUAGGUAGAUUAGAUAUAAUAAGACCAACCCACACAAAAAUAAAACAAAAAACAAAAAUAUUGGUGCAUGGCUAGGAUGAUGAUGAAAGUAGCGUUCGCGAUGACGUGCGUUCUGGUUGCAGUCACAAGUGCCGACGCAGCGUACCGUCCUUGGCCUCCGGAGUGCGUAGACGUGGCGAACGUGAUGGUGGAGCAGUGCAAAAUGUUCUUCGUUCAUCAGGAGUCUCCACCCACAGCCGAGUGCUGUCGCUGGUUCAGUAGCCGCCGUAAUAACGCGAAGGAGAGGCGAAGGCUUUGCCGGUGUAUGGAGUUUUUGACAACAGCCUUCAAAACACUCAGGCCAGACGUUUUGGCUCUCUCUGACCAGUGCCAUUUCAGUUCUGGCUUCCCCAUGUCUAGAGACCACACAUGCACUUAGCAUGAGAGACUCAAAGAUGAUGACACGGCCUAGAAGACGGACACUCUUACUAUUGUAUUUUAAAGUCUGGCGAUUUCUUAUUUUCAUUCGUUUGUGAAGAAAAGCAUGCUUACAUAAUAUAUUACAUCUUCUGGGAAACCUCAUUACUGGGUUUUUUUACAUACACAGUUCGAGCAUAUAUAUAUCUCUAUCUUGCAAACUCAAUGGUAACUAUAGACA